AUGGCCGUCUCAAAUCUAGAUCGGGUGUGUCUUGUCACAGUUGGUGCCACCGCUGGAUUCAAGACUCUCAUUGACUCCGUUCUCUCGGUCAGCUACUGGCAGUACAUCGUCUCCCACGGGUUCACUGAGCUGCAUGUUCAGUGCGGACCAGACGCUACCUCAGCAAAACAACAACUUACUCUUCUCCAAGAUGAAAUACCAUCUGGACUCACUAUUGAAAUCUUUGAUGUAAAAAGAAAUCUUGUGAAAGAAGAAAUGAUUCUAUGCAAGGACUUGGAAGGAAAGCGGCAACUAGGACUGGUGAUAUCUCACGCUGGUACUGGCACAAUACUAGAUGCCUGGAAAAUGGGAUUGCCGAUUGUGGUGGUGCCAAACACGGAACUUCUGGACGACCACCAAACUGAGAUGGCCAAACAUCUCUCCAAGGAGGGGUAUGCUAUCAUGAGCUCGGGGAGCACCGAAGACCUCAAGGAAGCUAUCCAUAAGGUGGGACUCCUAUGGGAAGAGAAUCAGACUCGAUGGCCUCCUCACAAAAUUCCUUCCCAAGAACCCGACAGACUUCGCCUGUGGGAUCUCGCCCCCGUUGACGUCGCAAAGGAGGAGAAUGCAACGAUGGCGCACGAUUAG